AGGCUCUGCAACCCCCUGUGCCCCAUCCCUCUGCACACACAGACAGCUGGUCCCCUAACACCUGUUUACUGUAAAUGGCUGGGAGCAGGGUGAGCCCACAGUAGCUGGGAUUCAGAUUAUUGAACCCAGGCUAUCGUCCUUGAGGCUCAGUCUCCAGGGGCGACUAAGUACACAAAUGCAUAUACACAGCUGUCUGUCUACACAGUGUGAGGGUGGCAGGUGCAGGGAGUUAGGGUGCUUGGGGUGUAGAGGAGGGACAGUAGGGGGUGCCCUGCCUGGAGCAGGAUGGAAGGAGAGCCUCAAAGUACCAGACCUCUAAUCCCCUCUGCCACCUCACAGUGAGUUACUUCGAAACACAUUUUGAUUUAGCAAUGAGCAUGGUGAACACAGAAAUCUCCAGAUUCUACCAUAGAAGUCAUUUCAUUUUUCAGUUUUGAUUUUGUCAGGAACAAUAUAAAUGAACAGCUGCAGAGUAAGGAAAGGGAACCCCUUUUGUUGAGAUGUGCACCGCUACCUCUCCAGUCAGCUGAGGACUCUAGCUAUGUCAACCAACUAGAAUACGUUGGGGAGCCAAGACAUUAUUCAGUUACUGAUAAUUUGUGCAAGCCUUUCCUGUGUGUAAGGCUCCGUGACCGAUUCUAGCAGGGAUGCCUCCACUGUAUGGCUCUGCCACAGGAACAGCCCCUGGAAAGUACUGAGUCCAUCUGGGGAGAGGCAUCACAGAAGAUGUGACACUAGGGGGGUGCUCUGAAGAGGAGAGCAGGAGAAGGAGGUAUGCAGAGACCCCAAAGAGAGGAAGAGGCACAGGCAGACAAGAUCAGCAAGGCAUCCUGUGUCCAGUGGGCUGAGGAACCAGCUGAUUACUUAGUUUGGCUGAAGUAGAGGGUGUAGGGAGAAAAGAGAAAGGAGAUAAAACUUUAACCUGUGGUGGGGUGUGGGAGAAUAGGGUGGGUAUUUAUGCAGGGCUUCAAAUGCUAGAAGGAGCUGUUUGUUACCUGGCAAUAGCAGACUGCUGCUUCCCUGCUGAGCCCCUGGGUCCGCAGCUGUUACCUAUUUGACAAAUUGUGUUGAUCAAAUGGGGUUUUGUCUUUGACAGCUUUGCAUACGCUUUAAAGUUUCCCAAAGUGUUACUAGUUCUUAAAUUUAUAUUUAAAAAGUUUAUCUUUCAUCACUAUGUCAAUGGGCAUGGUAGAUUGAAUUACAUCACAUGAAACAUCAACCAGAACAUUGACAAAGUCACAACCUUGGCUUAACACGGGUGUUUCUCCCUGGUUCCAGCAUGGUAUGGGCAUUCCUUCUAUCUCAAUCAUGUUGCAUGAGCUCAUAAAGCUGCUGUACUAUGCCCGGUGCUCCAACGUCACUAUCAUCCGCAUUGGCACUUCUGGUGGGAUAGGGAUUUGAGGCACCUUAUGAGAAAAGCCACGGGAAAAUCAAAGGGGGGAAGAGAGAGGUGCGGUCUGGAGCCCGGCACUGUGGUCAUAACAGAGCAGGCAGUGGAUACCUGCUUCAAGGCAGAGUUUGAGCAGAUUGUCCUGGGGAAGCGGGUCAUCCGGAAAACGGACCUUAACAAGAAGCUGGUGCAGGAGCUGUUGCUGUGUUCUGCAGAGCUGAGCGAGUUCACCACAGUGGUGGGGAACACCAUGUGCACCUUGGACUUCUAUGAAGGGCAAGGUCGUCUGGAUGGGGCUCUCUGCUCCUACACGGAGAAGGACAAGCAGGCGUAUCUGGAGGCAGCCUACGCAGCCGGCGUCCGCAACAUCGAGAUGGAGUCCUCGGUGUUUGCCGCCAUGUGCAGCGCCUGCGGCCUCCAAGCGGCUGUGGUGUGUGUCACCCUCCUGAACCGCCUGGAAGGGGACCAGAUCAGCAGCCCUCGCAAUGUGCUCAGCGAGUACCAGCAGAGGCCGCAGCGGCUGGUGAGCUACUUCAUCAAGAAGAAACUGAGCAAGGCCUGAGUGCAGCCCUGCACCUCCGCAGACCUGCUGUGAUGACUUGCCAUUAAAAGCAUUGUCCAAAA